CGCCGCCAUGGACCUGCGCACCGCCGUGUUCAACGCCGCGCGCGACGGCAAGCUGCCGCUGCUGCAGAAGCUGCUGGCGGGCCGCAGCCGCGAGGAGCUGGAGGAGCUGACGGGCGCGGGCGCGGCGGGCGCGGGGACGCCGCUGCUCGUGGCCGCGCGCCACGGCCACCGCGACGUGGUGGAGUUCCUGGCCGACCGCUGCGGCGCCAGCGUGGAGGCGGGCGGCGCGGUGCACUUCGACGGCGAGACCAUCGAGGGCGCGCCGCCGCUCUGGGCCGCCUCGGCCGCCGGCCACCUGGACGUGGUGCGCAGCCUGCUGCGGCGCGGCGCCUCGGUGAACCGCACCACGCGCACCAACUCCACGCCGCUGCGCGCCGCCUGCUUCGACGGCCACCUGGACGUGGUGCGCUACCUGGUGGGCGAGCACCAGGCCGACCUGGAGGUGGCCAACCGGCACGGCCACACCUGCCUCAUGAUCUCCUGCUACAAGGGCCACCGCGAGAUCGCGCGCUACCUGCUGCAGCGGGGCGCGCGCGUCAACCGGCGCAGCGCCAAGGGCAACACGGCGCUGCACGACUGCGCCGAGUCCGGCAGCCUGGAGAUCCUGCAGCUGCUGCUGGGCUGCCACGCGCGCAUGGAGCGCGACGGCUACGGCAUGACGCCGCUGCUGGCCGCCAGCGUCACGGGCCACACCAACAUCGUCGAGUACCUGAUCCAGGAGCAGCCGGCCCCCGAGGGCCUCGUCCCCAUCGUCGCCGCCCCGGAGGAGGACGCGUCCCCGGCGGCCUCGGACGCCGCCGAAGCCCGCCACCACGAGAGCUGCUGCCCCGCCAGCCGCGAGGCCGCCGUCGAGGCCCUCGAGCUGCUCGGCGCCACCUACGUGGACAAGAAGCGCGACCUGCUCGGCGCCCUCAAGCACUGGCGCCGCGCCAUGGAGCUGCGGCACCAGGGCGGCGCCUACCUGCCCAAGCCCGAGCCCCCGCAGCUCGUGCUGGCCUACGACUACUCCCGCGAGGUCAGCACGGCCGAGGAGCUCGAGGCGCUCAUCACCGACCCCGACGAGAUGCGCAUGCAGGCGCUGCUCAUCCGCGAGCGCAUCCUGGGGCCCUCGCACCCCGACACCUCCUACUACAUCCGCUACCGCGGCGCCGUCUACGCCGACUCGGGCGACUUCGAGCGCUGCAUCCGCCUCUGGAAGUACGCGCUGGACAUGCAGCAGAGCCACCUGGAGCCCCUGAGCCCCAUGACCUCCAGCAGCUUCCUCUCCUUCGCCGAGCUCUUCUCCUACGUGCUCCAGGACCGCGCGGCCAAGGGCAACGCCGGCACCCAGAUCGGCUUCGCCGACCUCAUGGGCGUGCUGUGCAAGGGGGUGCGCGAAGUGGAGCGCGCCCUGCAGCUGCCCAAGGAGCCCGGCGACUCGGCGCAGUUCACCAAGGCGCUGGCCAUCAUCCUCCACCUGCUCUACCUGCUGGAGAAGGUGGAGGCCAGCCCCGAGCAGGAGCACCUCAAGCACCAGACCGUGUACCGGCUGCUCAAGUGCGCGCCGCGCGGCAAGAACGGCUUCACGCCGCUGCACAUGGCCGUGGACAAGGAGACCACCAACGUGGGCCGCUACCCGGUGGGCCGCUUCCCCUCGCUGCCGGUGGUCAAGGUGCUGCUGGACUGCGGCGCCGACCCCGACAGCCGCGACUUCGACAACAACACGCCGCUGCACGUCGCCGCCCAGAACAACUGCCCGGCCAUCAUGAACGCCCUGAUCGAGGCCGGGGCCCACAUGGACGCCACCAACGCCUUCAAGAAGACGGCCUACGAGCUGCUGGACGAGAAGCUGCUGGCCAAGAGCACCAUCCAGCCCUUCAACUACCUGACCCUGCAGUGCCUUGCUGCGCGCGCCCUGGACAAGAACAAGAUCCCCUACAAGGGCUUCAUCCCGGAGGAGCUGGAGGCCUUCAUCGAGCUGCACUGAUCUGACUUCCGGGAGGGGCCUGGCCCGAGAGGCGGGGGUCACAGCUGUGCCUGACCAUUGGCCAGCGCUCCCCCCGCUUCCGCCUCCCAGCCUGGCUCUGGAUCUGUGGCUGGUCCCCCAGGAGUGGUCGGUGAUAGAGGAUCAGGCUUGACAACCGGCCCACAAGAGACAGCACCUUCCCCCCGCCAGGAUUGGGGGGCCCUCGGCUUUUUUUUUUUUUUUUUUAACCUAGGACAGGAAUUGAAGCCAUGGCCUUUCUCCUAAUGGGGUGUGCUUAGGGUGUCCCAGGGCCAGGGCUGUCAUCUCUCACGCAGGAGCCCCGCAGCCGAACGCUUCGCCUCCGUUGUUUGCUGUGGGCUGGAUGUCUCGAGGGGAGCCCAGGCCCAUGCCAGCCACCUAGGGGGUUGUUUCUUAAGUGCUCUUCUCCUCACCCCCACUUCCAGUGGGAAGAGUCUUCCAGACAAGGCUCCCAUGGG